UCACUAUUUAUCAUGUGAUACGGUUGAAGAAUUUUUAGCAACUGACUUAUCAGAAUCUCUGCGAAAUGCAUUAAUUGAACUUGAUCGAAAUGUGCAAAAGAAAAUUGAACCGAAUUCGAAGGGCAAACCAGAAGACCCAAAACAAACGGAAGCUCAAAUUAAUAAAGCAAAUAAUA